UUUGAUUUGAUCUGCGACGAAGAUGUCAGCCUCAACGACUGUGCUCGUAACUGGGGCCUCGGGAUUCAUCGGCAUCCACGUAGUGAGAGUUCUCCUGAAGGAAGGUUACCGCGUCCGAGGGACGGUGCGCUCACUCAAAAACGACACCAAGUGUAAACCCAUCCUCGAGUGUCACCCCGAUGCCAAGACCAAGUUGCAACUCGUCGAAGCGGAUCUGACGAAAGACGAAGGAUGGGAGGAGGCCGUCCGCGGAGUUAAGUACGUGAUUCACGUCGCGUCUCCGUUCCCCAACUUCGUUCCGAAGGACCCCGAUUCUUUGGUCAGACCAGCUGUGGAUGGUACUCUUCGGGUCCUGAAAGCUGCGGCCCGGGCCGGAGUGGCUCGUGUGGCGCUAACGAGCUCCAUAGCCUCUAUUCAUGGACAUCUGGAAACGGAUAACGUCACGGUUUAUAACGAGACAGAAUGGGCCGAUCUGGAAUCGCCGACGCUCGGACCAUACGAGCGCAGCAAGACGCUCGCGGAAAAAGCUGCAUGGGAAUUCAUAAAAUCCCCCGAAAACGCCUCGAAGAUGGAAUUGGUGACCAUUCUUCCCGCGCUCGUAAUCGGACCGAUCGUAGGUACCGAUUUCGGUACUUCCGUUAUGUCUCUGAAGCGGCUCAUCGACGGAAGUAGCCCAAUGGUGCCCGGGGUUACCUUUGCGUUCUGCGAUGUCCGGGAUGUGGCUGAAGCUCACGUAAAAUCGCUCACAGUCAAGGAAGCGGCUGGUGAGCGCAUCUGCGUCUGUACAGAGACUCUGUGGAUGCAGGAAGUUUCCAAAAUUCUCCACAAGGAAUUCGGCUCGAUGGGAUACAGAUGCCCACAGAGGAAAGCACCGAACUUUGGACUGUGGUUCAUUUCCUGGAUAGACGCCACAGUGGCGAUGCUGAUGCCACGGCUGGAUAAAGUUUUCAAGUACUCGAAUGAGAAAAUGAAAACUAUCCUGAAAAUUCAACCCCGACCGAUUGAAACUUCAAUAGUCGAUACAGCGUACAGUCUCAUCGAUGCGGGUGUUGUCAGAAAAACCAGCAAAUAUCAACCGAAGAAAGUUGAGCUUUGAUUGUGAUAUCGCGACGAUCACUGGUAUCUUCAUUGCGGUAUCCUUUGAUUUUUUUCACGCCCCUCUUCCUCAUGGAGCGGGAUAUUUAUUGAAUAAUAAUAAUCGACACGUCAAAAAUGACCCUGAUUUCUGUUAUGUAUACGAGGCCUGUUUGCUAACCGCGGGCGCGUCACAUACAUCGGAGGAGGAAGUCGAAUAAAGAGCCUCUGUC